GCGCACGCGCGGUGAUGGUAGGAUGGUGGAGUUGGUACCUUUUGCGGUUCCCAUCGGGGGUGACAAAACCUUGCUGGUGUGGGAGCUGAGCUCUGGACCCACGGCCGAGGCCUUGCAACAUUCUCUGUUCACAGUCUUCUCCCAGUUUGGCCCUCUGUAUUCGGUCCGAGUCUUCCCAAAUGCAGCCGUGGCCGGUCCUGGGUUCUAUGCCAUCAUCAAGUUUUAUUCAGCAAGGGAUGCCCACAGAGCCCAAAAGGCAUGCGACGAGAAGCAGCUUUUUCAGACAUCUCCAGUGAAGGUGGGUCCAAAUGUGGAAUUCCUCUCUCUACUGGGAUGAAAUGCUGAAUUUAAAACU